GUAGUAAUUCGUAACGUUAAAAACGCGUUUUGUGUUUUGUGUGAUUUACCGGAUAAUGCCUGCUGUAACUAGGUUUUAGUGCAACAAUGGAUGCUAAGGAUCAAAUGCCAAAACUUGAUGUCUCCAGCGAUAGACUAAAACUCUCCCAAGCUCAGUUGGAUUACAUGAAAAUUCUUGAAAAGCAAAACAUUGAUCGAGUGUCUAAACUCAAACGACUAAGACGAAACAAUAUUUUUACAGGAGUUGCUCUACUUGGUGGUGUUAUUAGCAUAUAUGCUUAUUCAAUCUUAGCUGUCAAGCAAGAGAAAUUCCUUGAUGAAGUUGAUGAUUCAAAGUAACUAGAAAAAUGUCAAUUCCGCUUAUUUCUCGUCUACCUCCCCUCCCUGCUGUUCGUGACCUCCUCAAUUUGUACCGCCUUCAAGCAGUGAAACAGUUGUCUCAGAAUUUUUUGCUAGAUCCCAAGUUGACCAACAAAUUAGUGUCAGCUGCAGGAAAGAUUACCGAUGGUUAUGUAUGCGAAGUAGGCCCGGGAGCCGGAUCCCUCACAAGAAUAAUUUUAUCACGCAAUGUCAGGCAGCUAAUCGUCGUCGAAAAAGAUAAACGUUUUCAGCCACCUUUGGAAAUGUUAGCAGAGGCCAGUGAUAAUAGAAUGUCAGUCAUCUGGGGUGACGUUCUUAGUCACAACUUAAGAAACAGCUUCCCGCAAGAAUCCAGCUGUGACUGGAAUGACGUGACUCCUAAUAUUCACAUCAUCGGUAACUUGCCCUUCAACAUCGCCACGCCGCUUAUAAUUAAAUGGUUAUGUGCCAUUUCAGAACGGUCAGAUGCAUGGGCCCAUGGAAGAGUUCGUUUAACUCUAACCUUCCAGAAAGAAGUGGCAGAGAGGAUGGUGGCACCUAUUGGUACUUCAGAACGCUGUAGGCUCUCGGUUAUGGUGCAGCAUCUCUGCCAUGUGCAGCACAAAUUCACAAUCCCUGGAAGAGCAUUUGUUCCAAAACCAAACGUGGACGUGGGUGUCGUGCAUUUCACACCCCUCAUUGUUCCCAAGAUUAAAGCGCCCUUCAGCCUGGUUGAAAAAGUUGCCCGGAAUACCUUCUCGUUUCGACAGAAAUACUGUCGGCGUGGUUUGGAGAUGCUUUUCCCUACAUCGAUGAGAGCCGAACAGGUCCAAACCCUUUUGCGGCUAGCCGACGUCGACGGAACAUUGAGGCCUUUCGAACUGAGCAUCGAAGAGUUUGACCGCCUUUGCCAGGCUUACAGCGUCAUUCUUGAAAAGUUUCCUUCCCUUGCGCGCUACAAUUCGCGUUCCACAGACGGUAUUGACGAUAUCUUGUUUGCUGAGCAGUUGUGAUGGUACAAUUAGGUGGAGGUUUCCAGUUAGAAAAUAUAGUCAAGUAAUUGAUACUGUAA